AUGAAGGGAUCGACAGGGGGCAUUAGCAAAGGUGCUUUAGCUAAAAAGUUGAAGUCGGACCGUCGAUUAGCGGCAAAAAUCGUGGAACGCUACGGUGGUAAGCAUGCUGGUCAGGUAUCUGAGCAGCAUGCUAACACACUUGAGUGGGCCAAGAAGGUGCUCAGCGAGAGCGAGACCGAAGGGUCACGACUCGAAACAAAGAGACCUGAGCCAGCGGUUAAACGGCAAAGGUCGCCCGAAGGAGAAACCUCACUUGGCAAGAAACCGCGAACGGGGGCUGCGCCAACCUUCAGCGAAAUUGCUAAAGACGCUGGUGGAAGAGUACUAGGUGUUCUCGAUCGCAGCAGGGAGGACGGCACUAUCUCCCAUGAAGAGUGGAAGGGAGUAGCGGCGGCUAUCGCUUCAGUCUUCCUCACGGUGGUUAAGGAAAACCCUGGGCCACACCCAAAAUGUGUUAGUGCCGGUUGGCACCAUGAGCUACACAAGCUGACUGGAUGCGCCGGUACAAGAUCGGCCAUCUUGUAUAAGAAGACAUUAUCUCUGCUGGAGAAGGUCUGGAAGGGAGCCAGACUGGAGGCCGUGGACAAAGAGGAUCUUCCUCUUCGCCCUAGGGCUCGCGUCUGGCUACCAGCCGAACCGUCCACUGCGAAAGAGAUCGAGGAAAACCUCAGGUACUGCAACCCCUCACUUCCUGCGCAUGACUGGAGGGUAAUAAGGCUAGAGAGAACCGGUGAACCAUAUCGGCAGGCGCUGAUAAUGCUUAACGCGGAGUCCAUCGGUCCUCUCAGUAAAACCAAGGGAGCCAUCAGCUAUGGGUUCGAGAUGGUAGUACUGAAGGUACUCCCGACGGAUGCCAGGAAAAUGUUUUUAUUUAGUAGAAGAUACAAGAUCCCUGUGGCACCGUUGCCGUAA